AUGGCAUUUGUCUCAAGCAAGAAAAGAAAAUUCGAUUCCCUUUCCUCCAAUCCCAUUUCUUCUUCUCUUAACAAUGUCAACAACGUCACUAAUAACACUACCAUACAUAGUGUUAAUUUCUCUGGAAAAUCAAUAGAAACCACAGUCACAAGCAACGCAGACUCAAUCACACAAUGGAUAACCCAAACAUCAUCCCUCUACAGUAAAGGUAGUAACAAUCUUGUUGUUGGCCUCGACGUCGAGUGGAAACCUAAUCGUUCCAAAUACAUGAACAACAAAGCAGCUACUCUGCAACUCUGCAUUGACACCAAAUGUUUAAUAAUUCAACUCAUUUAUCUCAAUUCUAUCCCUCAAUCUUUAAGAGAUUUCCUCAAUUCCACACAUGAAGACUUGACUUUUGUUGGAGUUGAGGUGGGGAGUGAUGUGGCAAAGCUGGAAAGGGAGUAUGGGCUUACAUGUAGUAAGGUGGAAGACCUUUAUAAGGCUUCCGGGUCGGGUGGUAAGCGGGUCGGGUUGAAGAAUUUGGCAUGGGAGGUACUAGGGUUGGUUAUGUGGAAGCCUAAGUAUGUGACUUUGAGUAAUUGGGAAGCUAGGGUUUUGAGUAAUGAGCAAGUUGAGUAUGCUUGUAUUGAUGCUUAUGCUUCUUACAAGAUUGGUCACAAGUUGCUAGUUGGUUGA